CUUUGAAUCAAACAUUAUCAAACCAGAACUUGCGAAUAUAAUCGCUAAUUGGAUCGAUAACAAAGAUGCUAAGUUUACUCGCACCAUUAGUGAUCCGUUAUAUAAAUUUAAACUUAUUUAUCGUGGUAGUCGUGAUGGAAUUAACAAUAAAUCAUUUAGAGGUAAAUGCAAUGGUCGAGUAGCGAGUUUAGUUUUAAUUGAAGAAAAAAAAUCAAACAUGAUUUUUGGAGGAUAUAGUUCUAUCGGAUUUAGCUCAUUAGGAGAUCAAUAUUUAUCUGAAAAUAACGCACGUCAUUAUUAUUCAUCAGAUAAUUUUAUUUUUUCAUUUGAAAACAGUGAAGAUGUACAGAAUAUGAAAAUAGGACGUGUAAUAAAUAGCAAUAAAGCCAUUUUGGAAAUGGGAGAUAGUGUUGGAUUUAAUUUUGGUUGGGGUUCGUUUUGUAUGGAUAAGAAAGUUUUCUAUAUUAACAAACGGAAUUAUUAUGAAAGUAUUUCAAAUGAAGAACAUAUAACUGGUACUAUUAAAGAGGUAGAAGCAUUUGUUGUCACUAAUAACUAAUCUU